AUGGCUAACACUGAUGAAUUACUGAAGCAACUAACACAGCUGGCAUUUACAACAAAUCAACGGCUGGAACUUUUGGAAGAAGCAUUUCGCCAACAUCAAGGCCCAUCAGCAACUACAGCGUCCAAUGGACCUGAUAACGUUGAAUUUUUAAUGGAAACAUUGGCGAAAGGUAUUAGUGACUUUAUUUACGACGCAGAUCGCGGACUAACAUUCGAUAAAUGGUACACACGGUACGAAGAAACUUUCAAUACCGAUGCAGCUAAAUUGGAUGACGCCGCUAAAGUUAGAUUACUUUUAAGGAAAUUGGAUCUACCGUCGUAUAAUAAAUACGUCAACUACAUUCUUCCAAAGAAAGUCAAAGACGUAACAUUUGCCGAUACAGUGAGUCAAUUGAAAUCUAUUCUUAGUCUUAAACAGUCAGUAUUUCAUAAAAGAUACAACUGUCUUCAAAUAAAAAAAUCAGACUUCGAUGAUUUCGCCUCAUAUGCAGGCAUUGUAAAUAAAAAUUGCGAGGAUAUUGAAUAUAAUCAACUGGACAUUGAACAGUUCAAAUGCCUAAUUUUCAUAAGUGGACUAAACGCACCAAAGUAUUAUGAAAUUCGUGCUAGACUGUUACAAUUAAUGGAUAAACAAUCCCCUAAUUCACCAGUUGAUAUUCGCAAACUCGUAGAAGAAUGCCAAACUUUCACUUCAUUAAAAGAAGAUGCAGCCAUGAUACAACAGUGCAGUUCAGCAAAAUCAUCAAUUAAUAAAGUUUCGAACGAUAAAUUAGCAAAAUUUGGCGAGGAAAAAUUUCAAGAAACCCGCAACAAAAGAUCGUCUGCUUCCAAGUUUGAUAAAAAGAAAAGCGCAAAGCUUGGUGAAUCAUCGCCAAAUCCACGUAAUGAUAAUCCAAUUAUGCCAAAAUAUCCUUGUUGGUUUUGUGGUGAAAUGCAUUUUGCAAAGAAUUGUAAUUAUUCAAAACAUCAUUGCCAAAAAUGUCACAGAAUCGGGCAUAAAGAUGGAUAUUGUAACAGCGGACGCGAAGCUACUGCGGCUGGACGGAAGAAAAAAAGGAAGUCGCUGUACAAAAACAAAGGUGACACUACAAUUAAAGAAAAGUGUUCGACCAGUAUUCAGAAACAAGAGACCAGGUCCUAUGCCGCACUUCCCAAAAUUGAAGAAGAGUUAGAUCGAUUGGAAAAGUUAGGAAUAAUUUCACCAAUUGAUUAUUCAGCAUGGGCAGCUCCUAUCGUAGUCGUCAAGAAGCCAAAUGGGAAAAUACGAAUAUGUGCUGAUUAUUCAACAGGACUGAAUGAUGCACUGGAAACGAACAAGCACCCGUUACCCGUUCCAGAUGAUAUUUUUGCAAACUUAGCUGGAAAUUGCAUUUUCAGUGUGAUAUAUUUAUCUGAAGCAUAUUUUCAAAUUGAAGUAGAUGAAGAUUCGGGUAAAUUGCUCACUAUAAACACUCAUAGAGGACUUUAUAAGUUUAACAGAUUACCCCUAGGAGUGAAACAAGUACCUGGAGAAUUUCAGAAAAUUAUUGAUGCAAUGAUUUCUGGACUUAAAAACACAAGUGCUUAUCUUGAUGACAUAAUGGGUGCAAGCAAAUCUGUUUCUGAGCAUAAAAAGCAAUUAAAUGAACUUUUUGGAAGGCUUCAAGAUUACGGUUUUGUCGUUCGUCCAGAAAAAUGUCAACUAUUUUUACCGAAAAUGGAAUUUUUGAGUCACAUAAUUGAUGGCAACGGUCUCCAUCCAAAUCCAAAGAAAAUUCAAGCUAUUAAGGAAAUGCCUCCCCCAAAGAACAUUUCGGAAUUGAGAUCUGUAUUGGGAGCUAUAAAUUAUUAUGGAAAAUUCGUGCCCAGACUACAGAAAAUCAGACAACCAUUAGAUAAUCUGCUUCGAAAAGAUGUUGAGUGGAAAUGGACAAACAAAUGCGAGCGAGUUUUUGAAGAUAUAAAGAAAAUUUUGCUAAGUAACUUUCUUUUAACACACUACAACCCAGAAUUUCCAAUCAUUGUUGCAGCUGACGCUUCAUACACUGGAAUAGGAGCUACUAUUUAUCAUGAAUUUCCAGACGGUUCCAGAAAAGCUGUUUUCCACGCUUCAAGAACUUUGUCGGCUACAGAACAAAAAUACAGUCAGAUAGAAAAAGAAGGACUUGCAUUAAUAUUUGCAGUAACAAAAUUCCAUAAGAUGAUAUACGGGAGAGAAUUUACCCUAGAAACUGACCACCAACCUCUCUUACGCAUCUUUGGAUCACCAAAAGGCAUUCCAACUCAUACUGCAAACAGACUUCAAAGAUGGGCUUGCACAUUAUUGGCCUACAAUUUCAAAAUUAGAUAUAUUUCCACGGAUUCUUUCGGCUACGCGGACAUUUUAUCAAGACUAAUUAAUUCACAAAUUCAACCCGAGGAAGAAAUUGUCAUCGCUUCAGUUCAUUUGGAAACAACAGUAAAUCAAAUUUUGGAUAACUCAGUUGAAGCAGUGAACAUAACACACAAGCUUAUUCAGGCUGAAAUUAAAAAAAGAUAA